AUGUCACUAUCGGAUUCUGAGGGUUCUGAUACCGUUAUGGUCGGCCCAGGCGACUUCAGCGAUUUCAACAAAGAAAACAUUCUUCCUCUUCCGGCAGAGGAUCUCAAAAUGAUUAGAGAUUGGCUGCAGCCAACACCUUAUGAUCUAGAGAGAUCUGAAUUUUCAAGACACCUCGAAUCGUACCUGGCAGGUACCGGUCAAUGGCUCAUAUCCACAGAUACAUAUCAACAGUGGCAUGCAGGCGACGUGAAUGGCCUUCUUUGGAUCAAAGGCAUACCAGGGUCUGGAAAAUCCGUCAUGAUUGCCUCGAUCAUUCAACAGCUGCGCAAAGAAGGUGUCCCGGUUCUCUUCUUCUUCUUUCGACAAAUUAUUGAUGCAAAUCAUCAACCAGUGGCGGCGUUGCGGGACUGGCUAUGUCAAAUUCUCCCCUUUAGCCCACCCUUGCAGGUUCGGUUGAAAACCGAAUACCUUGAUAACAGUCGCUCUAUUGAUAGCCUCUCUGUUAAUGAUCUCUGGAAAAACAUCAAGUUCGCUCUUUCUGCCUUCCCCAAGGCCUACUGUGUCACAGAUGCCUUGGAUGAGAUGGACCAAGGCAAUGAUGACUUUCUUCAGGCUUUGAUCGAGCUGGGCCAGUGGCGUCCUGCGAAUCUAAAAGUCCUCAUCACAUCGCGUCCAGUUGUUGCAGUGGAAUCUCCCCUAAGGCCCUUUUCCGUGCCCUCUCUUCGUCUGGAAGAACAACUUGUCGAUACGGACAUUGCUGCGUACGUGCAGUACCGACUGCGAAAUUCUUCCGUGCCCAAUGAAUACUGGAAUCUCAUAACCGAAGCUGUUCCUGGUCGAGCAAAUGGUCUGUUUUUAUAUGCCAGGCUUUCAAUGGAUGCGUUCUCGACGCCCGGCGCUGAUCCUCAAGACACACUCAAAAAGUUGCCUGUCGACCUGAACAUCAUGUAUAACGACCUGUUACGCGAGCAUGCAAAACGCUCAAAUGUUCCCAACGACCUUCAACUACUUGUCCUGCAGUUUAUCACACAUGCAACUCGCCCCCUUCGUCUUCUAGAGGUUGCUGAGAUGAUCAAAGCCACACAUGCUCCAAUUGGAAACUGUAGCUUGAAAGAGAUCAAAAAUCUAGUCAGAGCUGCUUGUGGCCCGCUGCUUCAGGUUCUUCAUGAUGAGACUGUCUCGGUCGUUCAUCACUCAUUCACUGAGUUCCUCAAGGGAUUCAAUCGCUCCGCCGCCCUUGAUGAUUCAACUUAUCCCAUUCUGGAGGCUGGCCCGACUAACCAGCGUCUUGCCAUUGCCUGCUUGGACUAUCUCACGUCUGGCUGCCUAGAAAAACUUGAGAUCAAGAAACGCAAGAAGAAUGAUGAAUUUUUUCGCCCCAAAAAAGCCCAGCAGAGUGAAAUCCGCCUUCAAUUUCCAUUUCUCGAAUACGCAGCGACCAAUUGGUAUAUCCAUACUCGCCGUGCAGCACUAGCUGACAUGAAUUUGUCAUCAUUUUACUUGGUACUUGAUAGUUUCGUUGCGAAUAAGCAGAGAUUUAUUGCUUGGCUGGAUAUCGACUGGCCGAAGGAUGUGAUCCAAGGUCUGACUCCUCUCCAUGCUGCCGCUAAAACCGGGUUGGCUCAAUAUGCCGCCCACUUGAUUCAAAAGGGCGACGCCGACCCCAAUGCCAAGAGUAAUCGCGGCGAUCCACCUCUCUAUUGGGCUGCUUCCAGUGGCCAUGCGGAUGUUGCACAGCUUCUUAUUGACAACGAGGCGGAUCCGGAUGGAGAAGCACACGAAGGAUACAGACCUCUUCAUGCGGCCGCCAGCAAAAACCGCGCUGGUGUCAUCAAAGUCUUGUUAGCCGCUGGUGUUGAUCCACUAACACCGAAGACAAGAGAAGCCCCAGGCAGGCGCUGCGGCAAUGCACCAACAUCAAUUGGUCAUACGCCACUCAUGUACGCAUGCAAUAAUGGACAAAUUGAAGCGAUUGCCGAAUUUCUACCAUAUCUCACAGAUCCACAUACUAUCACUAAGGCCCUUUUCUGGUCCGCAGGCUCAGGGCAUGCGGCCUGUGUAGAUCUGAUUCUUCAACAUACCACGGUGGACGUGAAUUCAAAGCAUGUAGGAGAAACACCGCUGUUCAAAGCCUGCCUCAGAUGCGAUUUGAAUACAAUCAAAGUUCUUAUCGCGGCGGGAGCGGAUCCCAAUAUCUUCUGCUCCUAUCCUAUAAAUGAGUUUGGGGGUAUGGGUUACACAAUGCGUCGGUCCCCGCAAUCCUCUAAACAUCCAGAUGAACCUAGAGGCUACACCGCCCUACAUGCUCUGUGUGGAAUUACACGUCUAUAUAGUCGUCGUCAGUCCUCACUGGAGUGUGUUUCGGCCCUACUCGAAGCUGGAGCAGAUAUUCAUUCGAAGUCUCCUGAUGGAGAAACAGCCUUACACUUUGCCUGUAUGAGCAAUACAGAUGUCGUCAAACUGCUGUUGGAGAGGGGAGCGGAUCCUUAUGUCAAAACCGAUAAUGAAGACACAAUACUCCAUACCAAUGGAGAGACGGACAAAGAGUUGUUUCCUAUACUGAUCGGAUCAGGGCUUGUUGAUGUCAACAAAAUAAUGGCGGAAAGCAACGGAGGACUUUUGUUCCGUCGGCUUCAAGGCCAUUGUUUUGAGUCCGCUCUGGAGGUUUUAAAGUACAACCCAGAUUUGAAUAUGACUGCACCAGAUGGGAAUGGUUUGCUACACGUGCUGUUUGGGCGCUGGGACUUCAAGUCCAUAGAUGCUGUCCUUGACGCCUUAUUAUCAGCUGGCGCUGAUCCAAAUCUCCAAAAUCAAAAGGGAGAGGCACCGCUGCAUUUACUGAGACGUGAUAACGGAGUUGAAACAGUCUCCAGGCUGCUCAAGGCGGGUGCAAAUCUUGAAAUCCGGGAUGUACAGGGUCAAACGCCUAUCUUCAAAAGUGUCAUAUAUUCAAAUGCCACUAAGGGCAAACCUGAACUUUUCAAAACACUUAUUGAGCUAGGUGCCCGACUUGAUACGCGAGAUAAUAAGGGCCGAACCCUCCUACACCAAGUUGUCCGAGAUGCUAGUCGUUUAGACGAGAUGGUAGACCUCACGGGGUUCGACCCUUCCGUCGUCGACUAUAAAGGAAAUACGCUUAUCCUUGAGGUCGCUUCAAAGAAAGACACACCCGACAGUAUUUCAACUUACAGACACCUCAAGGAGUUGGGGGUUGAUAUUGACCAGCCUAACAACUGUGGACAGACGCUCUUGCACAAGCUGUGCUCGCGAAAACGGAGAAACUGCAGUUGGCAGCCUUCUAUCAAGACAGAAUUUGACUAUGCCAUUCAAGAGUGCAAGAACAAGAAUCCUCAAGACAUCGACGGGAUUCAGCCCUUACAUAUUGCCGCUGCUGUGUCUGAAGUUUAUGUUUUCAAGCUUCUCAAUUCCGGGGCUGAUCUUUUUGGCGUGACAAAGGAAGGCAUGACGGUUCUUCAUGUUGCAGCUCGAGCCCGACAGCCUGGAAUCAUCGGUCUCGUACUUUCCAAGAUCGCCGACCUUGAUGAUGGAAAACGAAAAUCCUUCAUCAAUCAGAGAAAUGCGGAAGGAAAUGCGGCGCUCCACUACGCCUGCUGCUCUGGCCGUCCCGAAACUGUCGACUUGCUGUUGAAUGCCGGCGCAGAUCCUAAUUUGCCGGGCAAGAAUGGAUAUACGCCUUUCAGAGCAUGUGCCGAGUUUGAAACCGAACAAAUACGGUGGAAAAGCAUUGGUAAAAAGGACAACACCCAAGCCAUCAAGACAGCCAGCAUCUGGCUCGGAACCCGAAGUGUGCCAUCGCCAUCAGCGGGAGAGGAUCUUGAGAGGUUCCAAUGGAGGUCGCAUAAUGUCAAUGAUGAGUCAGACUCGACACGUCUAGAUGAAAUUUUAAUUUCAUUGGUGCUUCAUGGCGCAGACAUUACUGAGGACAAUGGCAUUCUUCGUGAUGCAUUCCAUGCCGCUGUAUCGGAUCAACGCGACUAUACCGCUGAAUGUCUGGCACAACUCCAGUAUCACUUUCUCCCCAAUAAUAAGAUUCUAGAAGGAUCAGAUGGCGAUGGCUUUCAUCUCUGCAAGUCUCGUUUGGAAGAUGAGAGAACAUCGCUGAGGAAGGAAGAGGAGAAGCGAAAGGCUUGGACGAUGACAGAACGAUCACACAAUGACGCGCAAGAUAGGCACACGGUCAAGCUGCUAGGUCUUCGCCACUACGGUCUAAUGGAGGAAAGAGUUUCAGAAAUAGAUAUCCUCCUGCUGAGCUGGACCAAUGUUUCUCUCUUACACAGUCUUGCGCGUGUUGGUCUGUCGGAUAUCCUGGAUCGUGUCUGUACUCGUGAAGCCGCUUUGAGAUUUGAUGAUCAUGAAUGGUGCAACCAAGCGGAGGCCGCCAAUCACUGUCACAGGAAUAUGGCGGAGCCGCUCCUCAUCACCGCAUGCCAACGUGAAAUGCCAAACAUGGAAGUAGUCCGAAUCCUUGUGGAAAAAAUGGGUAUUAACAUCAACUUAAAUUGCAGAAAGGAAAGCUGGGCUAACGGCAAGAAAGAGUCCGUGUUGGGUAAUGGCGUUCUACAUGGUCUUGCAGAGGGCGUAACCUGGUGGAAUGUGCACCAGGCUUUGCCAUACCUCAUCAGAAAGGGUGCCAAUCUGGAGCUGCGCAAUGAGGAUGGUGAGACACCCUUGCACAUUGCCCUAGACUAUGAAAGGCGCAAGGGUGUUUUCUACAAGGAGGCUGCGAAGAUUCUUUUGCGUAAUGGCGCAGAUGUCAACGCUGUGAAUUCCAAGGGGAAGACCUGCUUGUCGAAAGCCGGCACUGAUAUGGAGCUGAUCAAAUUGCUUCUAUCUCAUGGUGCCAAAAUUUCUCCUGCUGCUGUGUUCUCCGCAAUUGAGCUUGACAAUGUCGAAUUAUUGGAAUUCUUUCUCUCUCAGGGCGAUCUAGCCAACAUGAGGCGCGUCGCUCCCGAAACUAUGGAAAGGAUCCAUGCACUUGAUCAAACCAGAAUUCCAACCGCCGAGGUAUUUCCUUUGCUCCACGCGGCAACUUUCAAACCUAAUAUCGCUUACAAUGACUUGGAUCUUACCUGUUUUCGAAUGCGCAUGAUGACGGCGCUUCUCCAGCAUGGUGCGGACCCAUACGCGACUUUUGUCAAGCUUCAUCGAGUGACUGACAACUCUUUCAAUGAUGACGACGAAUUAGACAAUUCGGAUGAGAAUUCGGGAGAUAAGUGGGGACCCGAAAGAUGCACUGUCAUACAUGAAAUCUUGAUGGCUGGAGACAUGGCCGAGCCACUGCUUCAGCUUCCAGCACUCCAGCUUGAAUCGCGAGAUGACAAAGGCAGAACGUUGAUCCUUUGUACUGGUCAAAUUGAGCGAAUCCAGAGCCUUGUCGACCGCGGAGCUGAUAUUGCCGCUCAAGACAAGUCAGGCAAAACCGUUGUUCAUACUCUCAUACAACGCCAGCCAAAUGAGCAGAUUAUCAGCACCAUCAGGGCUCUCUUCAUUAGAGAUCCCAACCUUGUGCACAUAAGCGAUAAAUUCCAUGACACUCCAUUCCACUACGUGCUUAGAGCAAGCGACGUAUACUUCAAAUACGUCGACCUACUCCUUGAACAUGGCGCCGAUCCCCUCCAACCUGAUUCAAACGGCAACACAGCCCUCCACCUCCUUGCCACUAAGCCAUUCACUCACAAAGCACACAUCCAGCAAUUCUUGGAUUUUGGGGUGGACAUCAACGCACGCAACAAGAAGGGCGAUACCCCACUCUUGUGGUAUCUUGCACAUAGUUUAUUGCCAUAUGGAGGCAAUUUCUGGCCCACGAACGAGACUGACACGACCAGCAACAAUGAUGGCCUGCUACUCUUUAAGGAUCUUGGAGCGGAUUUCUUUGCAUGCAAUAAUGCGGGGAUGUCGCUGCUACAUGUGGUUGCUGGCAGGAAUAUUGAUAAAAUUCGUUUUGUCGGUGAUGAUAGGUUGAAAGCGCCAAUCAAAAUUCUUGUCCAGUGGUUUGAGUUUCUCAUGGAUAUGGGCUUAGAUCCUAUGCUUGAGGAUGCUCAGCAACGAACUUCUUUGGACAUCGCUGCCGCUUGUGGGAAUGAGCAUAUUAUGAAGUUGUUCAAGCAGAAACCCAUGGAGUGA